CGAUUUUCCCGCUACAAAGUCCAUUUGGCUCGCGGGGAAUGCCAAGCUGCCUGUCGCCUCCUUGUGCUGCCAUCCAUACACCGCAGAGCAGAAUGCCAGUCCGCAAUAUAUGGCGCCAUGCCCUCCAAGGGGAACUGCAGCUGAUCAUUGGCCCCAUGUUCAGCGGCAAAAGCACAGAGCUCAUUCGGCGCAUGCGACGAUACCAGCACGCACAACUCAAGUGCAUGGUUGUGAAAUCUAAGAUCGACGAUCGCUACACGAAUGAAUCGCUGGUGAGCACCCACGAUCGGCAAAUGAUGAAGGCAAAUCCCCUCAAGCGCCUCGAAGAUAUGGGGGAGGAAUUCAUGCAAUAUGACGUGAUCGGGAUCGACGAGGGCCAAUUCUUUGCCGACCUGCAUUCGUUCUGCGAUGUCGCUGCCAACCGAGGCAAGAUCGUCAUUGUCGCUGCCUUGGAUGGGACAUUUGAACGCAAGCCAUUCCAGCAUGUCUGUGACUUGAUUCCGCGCGCUGAGAGCGUGACAAAGCUCAGUGCAGUGUGUGCCAUUUGCGGCAGCGACGCUGCUUUCACACGUCGUUUGGUGAGCAGCACGGCCGUGGAGUUGGUUGGGGGCAGCGAGGCCUAUCAACCCGUGUGUCGCAAUUGCUUCACGACUCCGUUGGCCACCAAGGACGACGAGAUGAAUUAAUCCAAUGUAUGCAUUCGGGACGUAUACGACUAUCCAAACACGGCUCGCAAAGCCACUUGGGC